ACUUUAGAAGGAUCUAGAAACCCUAAGUCUCUAACAACAAACUACCCCUAUAUAAUUCACUCUUCUCCAUUUCCAGUUGCGCCUCAUAUUUUCUCUUAACCCUUACCCCUCUCUUCUCUCUACCUUUAGAAAUCAAUCGUUUUCGCUGAAAUCUUUUUAGAGGAAGGAAUCGCUAACAAUGGCGGAAUGUGAAACGUUUGCUUUCCAAGCUGAGAUCAAUCAACUUCUCAGUCUUAUCAUCAACACUUUUUACAGUAACAAAGAGAUCUUUCUUCGUGAAAUCAUCAGUAACUCUUCUGAUGCUUUGGAUAAAAUUCGCUUUGAGAGUUUGACAGACAAGAGUAAGCUCGAUGGUCAACCAGAACUCUUUAUCCAUAUUGUUCCUGACAAGACCAACAACACCCUGACUAUUAUUGACAGUGGUAUUGGAAUGACUAAGGCUGAUUUGGUGAACAACCUGGGUACUAUUGCGAGGUCUGGAACUAAAGAAUUCAUGGAAGCUUUGGCUGCUGGAGCUGAUGUGAGCAUGAUUGGUCAGUUUGGUGUUGGUUUCUACUCUGCCUACCUUGUUGCAGAGAAAGUUAUUGUGACAACAAAGCACAACGAUGAUGAGCAGUAUGUUUGGGAAUCUCAAGCUGGUGGUUCCUUCACCGUGACCAGGGAUACCACUGGUGAGCCUCUUGGAAGGGGAACUAAGAUCACCCUCCAUCUUAAGGAGGAUCAACUUGAGUAUCUUGAGGAACGUCGCCUCAAAGAUCUUAUCAAGAAGCACUCCGAGUUCAUCAGUUACCCUAUUUCUCUCUGGGUUGAGAAGACAAUUGAGAAGGAGAUCUCAGAUGAUGAAGAUGAAGAGGAGAAGAAAGAGGAGGAGGGUAAAGUAGAGGAUGUCGAUGAGGAAAAGGAGAAGGAAGAGAAGAAGAAAAAGAAGAUCAAGGAGGUUUCUAAUGAGUGGUCGUUGGUGAACAAGCAAAAGCCAAUCUGGAUGAGAAAGCCGGAGGAAAUCACUAAAGAAGAGUAUGCUGCUUUCUACAAGAGUCUCACUAAUGAUUGGGAAGAGCACUUGGCUGUGAAGCACUUCUCUGUUGAGGGUCAAUUGGAAUUCAAGGCUGUCCUCUUUGUUCCCAAGAGAGCACCCUUUGAUCUCUUUGACACAAAGAAGAAGCCAAACAACAUCAAGCUUUAUGUCCGUCGUGUCUUCAUUAUGGACAAUUGUGAGGAAUUGAUCCCCGAGUACCUGAGCUUUGUUAAGGGUAUUGUUGAUUCUGAGGAUCUUCCUCUUAACAUUUCCAGAGAGAUGUUGCAGCAAAACAAGAUCUUGAAGGUCAUCAGGAAGAACCUUGUUAAGAAGUGUAUUGAUCUGUUCUUUGAGAUUGCUGAGAACAAGGAGGACUACAACAAGUUCUAUGAAGCUUUCUCUAAGAACUUGAAGUUGGGUAUCCAUGAGGACUCCCAGAACAGGAACAAAAUCGCAGAGUUGUUGAGGUACCACUCUACCAAGAGUGGCGAUGAGUUGACGAGCCUUAAGGAUUACGUGACCAGAAUGAAGGAUGGUCAGAAUGACAUCUUCUACAUUACAGGUGAGAGCAAGAAGGCUGUCGAGAACUCUCCAUUCCUUGAGAAGCUGAAGAAGAAGGGAUAUGAAGUCCUUUACAUGGUUGAUGCCAUUGAUGAGUAUGCAAUUGGUCAGCUCAAGGAGUUUGAGGGCAAGAAGCUUGUUUCAGCAACCAAGGAGGGUCUUAAGCUAGAUGAGAGUGAGGAUGAGAAGAAAAAGAGUGAGGAGAUGAAGGAGAAGUUUGAUGGUUUGUGCAAGGUUAUCAAGGAUGUUCUCGGUGACAAGGUUGAGAAGGUUGUUGUCUCUGACCGUGUUGUCGACUCUCCCUGCUGUUUGGUCACAGGUGAGUAUGGGUGGACUGCCAACAUGGAGAGAAUCAUGAAGGCACAAGCAUUGAGGGACUCCAGCAUGGCUGGUUACAUGUCCUCCAAGAAGACCAUGGAGAUCAACCCCGAAAACCCAAUCAUGGAAGAGCUAAGGAAGAGAGCUGAUGCUGACAAGAACGACAAGUCUGUUAAGGACUUAGUUCUCCUCUUGUUCGAGACUGCAUUGUUGACUUCUGGGUUCAGCCUCGAUGACCCCAACACCUUUGGCAACCGUAUCCACAGAAUGCUCAAGCUUGGUCUAAGCAUCGAUGAAGAUGCCGGAGAGGCUGAUGUUGACAUGCCCGCACUUGAGGAAGCUGACACCGAGGGUUCCAAGAUGGAGGAAGUCGACUAAGCUUGCUGUUUCUAUCCAUAGUCUGAAUUUACGUAACUAGUAGUCGUCAUUCUAGUUCUACAAUUUGUCUCCCUUUAUACUCUGCUAAUCUUUCUUUGUCUCGUUUCAAAGUUAUUUGUGAUUUUCAACAAUGGAAUAUUUUUGUGGAGUGCCCUGCUUUCUAGGGCCAAUUUCUUAGGUUUUGUACCUAAAGACAAGUUAGUGCAGUUUAAUGGAAUCUAUAGUUGCUUAAUUUUGUGCUUA